CGUCGCGAUCCAGUGACGGUUCUGCUCAUACAUUUAACAUCGGCAAUGCCUCGAGCAACAUCAGAGAAGUUUUCGCGUUUUCACGCACCGUCUGCCAAACCAAAAUCUUCAGGCUCAGGAAAUGUGGGUACUGCCAACCCCUUGUUCAACGUGGAAAAAUUUGGGCAGCACAUAUUGAAGAAUCCUCGAGUGGCCCAAGGUAUCGUUGACAAGGCAAACCUUCGACCCACAGAUAUUGUUCUUGAAGUAGGGCCUGGUACUGGUAACCUCACUGUACGGAUUUUGGAGCGUGCAAAGCAAUGUACGGCAAUCGAGCUGGACCCCCGCAUGGCUGCUGAACUCGUGAAGCGUGUCCAAGGGAAACCAGAACAGAAAAAACUCAAUGUUAUGAUCGGUGACUUUGUGAAGGCUCAGUUACCGUACUUCGAUGUUUGCAUAAGCAAUACCCCUUACAAGAUAUCGUCACCCUUGGUUUUCCGCCUACUCUCUCAUCGACCCAUCUUUCGGUGCGCAAUCCUAAUGUUCCAGAGAGAGUUUGCUCUCCGACUCGUGGCCCGGCCGGGUGACAAAUUUUGGGGCCGUCUAAGUGCCAAUGCGCAGCUCUACGCCAAAAUCGACCAUAUCAUGAAAGUGGGAAAGGAUAACUUUCGGCCACCUCCCCAAGUGGAGAGUUCGGUUGUCCGAAUCGUACCGCUAGACCCACCGCCGCCUAUACGCUUCGAGGAGUUCGACGGGCUGACGAGACUACUCUUUAGUCGGCGGAAUAGGACUGUGCAUGCCAAUCUCCGAGCGAAAGGCGUGUAUUCCAUGUUGGAGGCAAAUUAUAAAACGUGGUGUUCGCAGAACGAUAAGACGGUUGACCAGUCGAUUGAUUUUAAGACGAGAGUGGAAGGGAUAUUAGAAGAGUCAGGCUUCAGAGAACAACGUCCCGCAAAAAUGGAUAUCAAUGACCUCUUAAAGCUGCUUCAUGCAUUUCAUGAGAACGGCAUACAUUUUGCGUAAUAAAGGGAAAUGCAGUUUUACUUCUUGGACUUCAUCGUGUCACGCACCUCUAUACACCUUUUCGGUACACCGCGACUAAUCAGCGUCUCCAUCACCAUGUUGAUAUGCUUGCCUUGUACCAUUACCUCUUUCCCUGCCUUCCCAGGUAAUUCUGUUA